AUGACAAUGGCUGAUGAGGGAGUUCGUGAUAGUUCUUCGAGGAAACUUCACCCUCUCUUUGUCAAAGCGCCGGCUGUUGCAAACCCGGAGCAAAUGACAGUCCCCACGACGCAGGCAGACAAUGAGCACGACUCCAAACGAAUAAAGACAAACGAACAUACUGCGCCCCAACAGCAAUUCAUGAGAAACUAUGUCAACGUAUCUCAACACAGCGGUGCGUCAACGCCGUACUGCGCAGGUUCACAACCAAUGGUUUCGACAAUCGAUGGAGAAUCACCUCUGACAUCUUCUCCCGCGACCCCCAACUCAACUUUUCAUAGCGGGCUAAAUCUACCAGUCUCUUCUGCAAACGAUCCCAAGUUUCAAGCGCCGCUAUCUCUGGCUCCCGCGUAUCCGAAAUCUGCGACUGAAUCUCCCUUGCCCGGAGGACUCGCGACCGACGAGAUGCCUUCGUUGGUAGCGACGCCUCAGCAAAGUGCACCGCCUAAGAAGGUGUUGAGAUUCAACAUGCGAACUGGAACUCUCGGGUCGCCGCCCAAACCAAAGGCGACAAAGGUCAAUUCCAAAAUUGUCUCAAUCAAAUAUGGCCAGAAUGGCGAAGACCGCAAACGGAUCGGUGACCAGAUCGUACAAAUAUUAUCCGGCCAGCUGCGGAUCGAACCUGCCACGAAAGCGCUCAAGUCAAAAGCCAAUAAUAAACCCAAGGAGAAAGCAGCUCAGGCGGCUUCGAAAACCCCGCACCCGUUUUUUGCGAAAGGAAAGCCACCCGACGCUCAGCCCAAAAGCGAGAAAAAGCGAGACACGGUCUUUAUGUCAACCCCAGUCUCUCCGAGAAAACCGCAAAACGUCUUCCUGUCGGCCAAAGUGCCCUCUUAUGGUCUCAAGCCCACUGGCAUGAGAAUACCUGGCGCAAAACACCCUCUCUGGCCACCGAAUGGCUUCAGUCACACCCGUGGAGCCGAGCAGCUGGUUUCACCAUGUAUCGCGGCGCCGAUUAAUCGACCCAGAAAGAAAUUCAAAGGACAAACCGUGUCGGUCAAUUCGCAAGAGUCAGUUCUUGGCCUGCUCAGCGGGCAAUUGGACAUACCGAACGUGAAACGCAGCCUACCUAAAAACGACAAUCUAUUUACACCUCCUCCGGUCGAAUUGCGACUACCGACCAGGCAUUUUGAGAGCGGGUAUAAACUCGCCAGGCGCAUACGCUCGGAAGUACAAUCCGAGGUAGUUUCAUUGACCGCGUCGCAAAAUGACAUGGACGAAGACGACCUUGCCCGAGAACCGUCAAACCCGGUGCACCCGAUUGUAGGUCGCCACUGGCAAUCGCUAGCCAGACAACUGUCUGCCUUUGAUCGAUCAACAUGUGAGAGCAUGUCAUGGGCUUCCAAGUACGCGCCAGUCGGAGCGGCAGAAGUCCUACAACCUGGAAGAGAAGUUCCGUUAAUGAAGCAAUGGCUCGAGAUGCUCCGAGUACAGGGCGUGGAGAGCGCGAAGGAUGGUUCUGCGAAACAGAAAGGCGAGACAAAGCAGAAAAAGCGCAAGAGCAAGCUUGACGGCUUUGUCGUGGAUAGCGAGGACGAAAGCGGUGAAAUGAAUGAGCUGUCCGACUUGGAGGAUCAACCGCCAAACGCGAAACGACGAUUGCGACCUUCAGUGGCGAGAUCAUUAAAUUUAGCGGGCAAAGAUCCAUCCAAGCUGGCGAAUGCUUUACUCAUCAGCGGUCCACACGGAUCUGGCAAGUCGGCCGCUGUAUAUGCAGUUGCAAAAGAGUUGGGAUUCGAAGUAUUUGAAAUCAACUCUAGCACUCGCCGCAGUGGCAAGGAUAUCUUGGAAAGAGUUGGCGAUAUGACACGUAAUCAUCUCGUGCAGCAUCGUUCUGAAGGCACGGGCUCAACAGCUCCAGCCGAAGAACAAAUAAGCUCGAACAAACAAAAUACAAUGACAUCAUUCUUCAAACCAAACGCCGAGAAGAAGAAGAAGAAACAUCUGGACAAAACUCGUGCCAGGGCAGAUGUCGGGGGCAGAAGCCCUUCGUCCAAGUCACAGAAGCAGUCACUAAUCCUGGUGGAAGAGGUCGACAUUUUGUUCGACGAAGAUAAGCAAUUUUGGGCAAGCCUACAGUCAUUGAUGGCUCAGUCUAAGAGACCGUUCAUCUUCACUUGCAACGACGAAAGCGCGGUCCCGAUACACACACUUGAUUUGCAUGGCAUUUUUCGCUUCUCACCGCCGCCAGAGCAUCUUGCAGUAGACACAUGCCUCCUCAUUGCUGCGAAUGAAGGUCAUGCCUUGAAACGCCACGCGGUGCAAGCACUCUAUCGAUGCCGAAAUUUUGACCUGCGCGGCACCAUUACAGACCUGCAGUUCUGGUGUCAGAUUGGUGUCGGGGACCGGAGAGGCGGCCAUGACUGGUUCUACCUACGCUGGCCGAAAGGGAUUGAUCUGGAUAAACAAGGUCAAGUCGUUCGUGUAAUUAGCGGGGAUACAUAUCAGACUGGUAUGGGCUGGCUUAGCCGCGACCGCAUUGUCGCUGCCCCAGACACACAAGCCAUGGAACAAGAGGCUGCUGAACAGGCUUGGCAGUUUUGGCGUCAGGAUCUGAGUGACUGGCACGGCACCAAGGAUUUGGGCCCCCUCAGUGCAGCCACUUUACAAGAUCCCAUGAGUCGACAGCAACGAGCCAAGAAUCUUGAGGCAUACACUGAGUAUUACGAUGCUUUGAGCUGUGCCGAUGUUUGUGCAGCAGGGGCGCUGGGUUUGGAGCUGGACGAGAUGCUUGACCCAACGUUGCCAGAAAUGCCCAUUGCUUCGAGAGACGACUUUACGGUAGCUCACGCCUUGCUUCAGGCAGAUUCUCUCCAGCCCCAUUUCUGCUCGCGCGUCGCAGUCUCCUCGGCCCUCUCCGCUUUGGCACUCAGCAAGCUCAAAACGUCGGCUACCAGUCUCGCAUCCUCGGCUCCUCACAGUACCAGCCAGGCCUAUGGCGAGCAAAAGACGACGGCCAUUCUAGAAGCCCAACACGAAAAGGACAAUCACCAGCUGACACGAUACGACGUUGCCGUUGCGUUUGAUCCCAUCGCCGUGUCUCCCAAGGCCGUUGGCAGCAUGAGCCUCGACCCGUCCGUCUUUGACCGCACAAUGACCAUGAUCGUGGUAGAGGUGGCGCCGUGGGUCCGCAGCAUCGUGCACUACGACGACCAGCUGAUGCAGGAUCGGCAGCGCCUCAACGAUCUGCUCGGCGACGGUGGCCGGCGCAAGCGCAUGCGCACCACGCGCAGUGCGUACUCGGCCCUGGAAGGCGGCGAGCGUCGCACGACCAGGAAGGAGAGAUAUUUCGGAGACUGUCUGUCGACCGAGGCGGUCAUGGCCACUGGGCAAGGCUGGCAACAAGCUCUGCCUCGGGAAAGGUUCAUCGACACGGAGGAGCCCCCUACGAGCAGUCCGGUGUCGGAUUCAGCCGACUGCGCCAUGACGAGCCCCCAAGACUGA